GCCAGGACUUGUUGUUUGUGUUCCGGGCGCGAUGUGGUGCCGUAAUGUGACUUACGAAAAUGUGGAUGAUUUUGGAAGCGUGCGCUCCAUAACAUAAGCCAUAAGGAUAACGACUGCAGAAGUUUUUAGGAGAGGCUGAGGAGACUGAGACCUGAGCAAUUACGAUUUCACCGUCAUAAUAAAAUUUUAUUUCGCGAGGAAGUCCGAUAUCCGCGGAUGUAUGGAUUCCACGGUAUCUAUUUUUCGACAGUCAUUGACGACUGCGAAUUGCAUUGAGGAACUAACUUUCAGCUGGGAUUUGUUGGAAUCCUAGGAUCAUAUCGGCUGCUCGCGGUCAAAUCCGCCGUCUGACAGAUAAACGGAUCCUUAUUUUAAACACGGUGUAAAGGACGUUGGUAAACAGACUUUGCAACCACUUUGUCGUCGUUUGUGUUCUUCGGCAUUUUCAAGAUUGUUCUCUAAUCAUGGAUCAUCGCCAUAUGUUUUCUGUGCGAGAGCCGCAUUUAAACCGGACACUAGUCGGCACUGCAGCUUUCGCUGGUGCUGCAUAUAUGGGAUUUCGAUUGUUGAAGUUGGUCAACUAUUGGAAUCGAGGAGAAAUCCCCGAACUGGAAACAUCCGAUGCGUUGGCACUGACAAGCGCCUUAUCUGCAUCCAGUACUUCUGGUUCGUCUGGUUUUGAUGCUUUGGAUCUUCCAUAUGGUCAGCAUUACAGCUCCUGGAUGUCUUCGUCGGCUACCGUGUCCCCCAAUCCAACUUUUCAGCGCCGCCUGAAGCAGUUAUCAAAGGCGCGCGGCAACACCAGCCUGCCGUCGACACCGCGCGCUAGUUUGUUCUUCCCCAUGACGAUGCCCUUGGAUGUGGGGAUUAAUGCAUUGCUGAAUGGUUUAAAUUCUCCCCAGGAAGAAUCCAGAUCCAUUAUCCACGUUAACUCACUAAAGUUCGAUAAGCAGCUGCAAGCUUUUGGUUUGGAGGUCAUGGCCAGUCAGACAGAACAGUCUCUGAAAAGUGUUUCCAAUUUGGAUGCAAAGUGUUUGGUAAAAUUGGUAUCCACUCACUAUGCGCAGCAAGAUGAAGAGCUGUUUAUGAAACUUAUCACUGCGAUAGCGAAUUGUUCUACCUUCACGAGUAAUCAGGAUUCUCUUCGAGAAGCAGGUUGUUUGGAAGCAUUGCGUGAUUUGUUGAAAUCGUCGGCACCGGAAAGGAUUAAAAGCGUUGUUGCCCAGGCUAUGUCUAAUCUGGCCGUUAACGAAGUUAAUCAAGGUUUUUUGAAGGAAUGUGUUCCGGAUUUGCUGAAUGCAUUGCGAACCGCCCAGUUCGAAGGAUUGCAACUGAACUGCCUGAACGCCCUGUUGAACUUAUCAGUUCUCCCUCAAAAUCAUGUCUAUUUUGACGAAAAAAGUGUUGAGGUUUUGUUCUCCAAAUUCGAUGUAGUUUCCCAGUCUACUGACAAUGAAAAGUUCCAUGCUCUGAAAGUUCUUGUGAAUCUUUCAUGCAGUGAUGAAACUGUACCCAAACUCCUUCGAACAAAGAUCCCGAAAACUUUCUUGGGCCUUUUUUUCAACCCAAGCGUCGCUGAACCGGUAUUGCUGCGCUUGUCCCUGUUGCUGCGGAAUGUACUGAAGCAGGUCCGGAGCCAAUCAGCGGUUUCCGGUUAUCCACAGGAUUCUCUUGGUUAUCUUCUAAGUUCGCCAGCAUUGCUGACGGAGAUACAUGAGCGCUCUCUUGUGCUGGGCAGUAACUCAGCUAACGCCGAGUUCCGUGAACUAACUGGAGAGAUCUACAGGUUGACUUUGUUAAGAAGUGACCCAACUCCAACUUAAUGUGUUGAUAUGCUUAUUAAAUGUCUUAAAAUCAGUUUGGGCUUAAAAGUGUCGAUUGAUCUGUAACGCUUUGUUGCUGUUGCUUUGGAUUGACUGGAAAAUUUGAUACAUGAUUCAUAGUACUCUCAUAUCUGUUUUGAUAGUCGAAGGAUGUGCAAGCUUCGCUGAUCAACUUUUUGACCAACUGAAAAAGAUCGCUUUCUGUACUGCAGGUGGCCCAGAAUAUUGUGAAUAAAUCUUGCCGUGACUUAUGCUGACUUCUCAU